CACCUCGCGGCCAUGUUCACAAACAUAGAUACUGAUUACGGAGGCCGGGUAGCUUCUCCGUUCAGUACUGACUCCGUUUUUGUGACGUCAUUGUUAGACGUUGAACGCGAAACGGAAUCUGUAAAAACAGACUAGUGUGAACCAGGCUAAGUGUAGCGAAUGUUGUGCAGCAGCUGGUGACAGUGGAGAUCGCAUAGUGCGUAACAAUAUUUAAGCCACAUAUUCAAGAAAAGCCAAAUUUGGUAAUUUAGGCCAAAUGCUUGAAAAGAAAAAGUUUUUUUUUUUCUAUAAAAAAAAGCCCAUCUGGCAAUCCUGGAUUGCUGACACUGCCCCCAAGAUGGCUCUGUCAGAUGUAAACAUCACGCAAUUUCCCUCCCUCUCUCUCUACCACAAGACACCUCAUCUCUCAGUUGAGCCAAUUCUACUGGGACAACACACACAGCGAUGCCAUCCGCAUCAUGUUUAUGGGUCAAUACCCAAGGGUUUUCUCCCUACAGCCAUGGGUGAGAAAACCGUUCCGCGUGCUAGAUGUAGCUCUCACCCUUCACCGCCUCACCGUUCAAAACAAACAUCAGCUGACGGUGCUGAUCAUUGUUGAUGUUUGUAGAGAGCUGGAAUGUAACUUCACUUUCUGGCUGCAGUUCAGUAUCUUGUAUGGCUGGGUCGUCAAGUGAAUCCUCUAGUUCCAUUGGCAAAUCAGGUAGUGGACAGACCAGAGCAUAACACUGAAGGGAAAAAGGACCUAGCAAGCGAUAGGAAGAAGAAGAAGACCUACAUCGCCUGUGUCUGGCCCCAAACCCUCAGUGUCCCUGAUGCAGGAACACACAGGAAACAACAGAACACUCCCUGCUGCAGUAGUCCCACUUCCAAUCACACUGUGCCUUGCUAUGCAGCCAGCUUCUAGCCUCAGGGGUCGCCAGCUUUGACCUGCCCACCCUGCUGGCGGCGUCAAGCAUCUACCACUCACAGUCAAUCUCCGCCUCACAUGUCUUCCCUAAAAGUCAGAUCAGCUGUCAUGCCUGUGAUCAUAUCAUAGGAUGUCACCAGGGCUCACAGAUCUUGAUCUCACAGACCUGAACAAAGAAGGCGACACUCCAGAGAGCACCUUAAUGCUACACUGCCCUCGCCACUAGUGAUGGGCAGGAACUGAUAACUUAAAUAUUCUCAGACUUGGCUCCUUGGGCUGGUAGAUCCAUUGGAACCAUUUCUGACUUGCCAUCACUAGAAGACCUGUUGGGUGGUUUCCAAGACCCCAGCUUGGCCUUCAAGGCACUUAAGCAUACCAAGGUCUUCCUCCAAAUGACAGGGCAGCUCACCAGAAUAUAACCAGAUAACUUGCCUGCUGCCAGCACCUUCAGGGCUCUAGAGGUUGUAGCACCACAGCCUGCACAGCCCCUCAAAUCCCCAACAAGAGCAAGAACACGACAGGGUAGUUGGAGCGAUGGCUUCAAGACUCACUACCACUGUACAGGGCAGCUGUUACUUUUGUACAUCAUGUGCUGCUUACAAGACUGUGCCUAAAAAUCUGAGAGGAAAAAGUAAAAGCUCACAAGACUGGUUGAUGAGACAGCUAAAUGAUCCUUAUGUGAAGUUGGCCAAGCAAUAUCAGUACAGGCGUGGUCAUGUCUCCAUGGGUGACCGAGUGAGGUCACAUGGUCAAAGUGACCAUGUUAAUCCAUGGUCACUUCCUCUCAUGCCGUCAGCCAGGAAACUACCUCUUCCACUUGCUCUCUUCACCUCUACAGCUGAGAAAAAGAGCUUAUUUACUCACACGCAGUGCAUUCAAGCUGCUAGAGAUUGACAAGCAGUGCCAUCUGCUGCAGCCUGGGCAGGUGGUGGUGGAGUGUGGUGCCUCGCCAGGGGCCUGGACACAAGUGGCUGUGAUGGGUGUCAACAGUCUUCCACAUGAAUUAUUGGUUUGGAAGGGGGUACCAACAUCAUUCUUGGCCACCAGUGUGAACCCUAGGCACAGGAAGGCCAAGAACAAGGGUCAGGGUAUGGUGAUAAGAAUUGACUUGCAGACCAUCCAUCCACUGCCUGGUGCCACUCUGCUAGGUGGGAGAGACUUCACCUCACCACAGACACAGCAGCAAAUACUGGAACUCCUCAGCAGCAGAAAGAUUGAUGUUGUGCUGUCAGAUAUGGCACCAAAAGCUUCAGGCAUAAAAGACUUGGACCAUGAGAACAUCAUCAGACUGGCCUAUGCUGCUCUUGGGUUUGCUAUUCAGAACACAGCAGAGGGA